CCAAAAAAAUGUUUAUGUUGGUGGAAUAUAGAAGUCGAAAAUGUAGUUUCCUAAACCAACCUUUGGCAAUUGUCUUCUUAGCUCAAAAAACAUGACAAGAACGUCAACCCAUUAAUCACCAAGUUGCUCCGACUCGGGUCGGGUCAAAUGUCACCGGAACUGAAACCCUUAUCGGCCCAAGAAUGGGAAACCCUAAUCGACGAUUACAACCACGGCGGCACACGGCAACUCCGAUGGACUUCAAUCAACUACGCCGCCCUACCUCUCUUUAACCUAAUUCUCUCUUCACUAAUCCGUAAAGAUAUCCCUCACAAUCUCAAACUCCAAAUCCUCAUUUUCCUCGAAGAACAACACAACAACAUACCUAGUACUUUCCUAAUUCGUCUCCUCGAAACCCUAAAAUCAGUUAUCCAAUCACCAAACGACACCGUUUCAUCUUCAUUUGCACUUAAAGAACAGUUUUUAAUCACUUCUACUUCAAUUUUCAUUAAUUCAGUUAGUUACACCGAUAAUUGUGUUGAUUUUAGCUGUGUUAGUCCACUUGAAGGUUUAAUUGAGCUUUUGUUGACUAUUAUUAAUAGGCCAAAUCAUAGCGUUGACCGACAAACUCGAUUAAUUGCAUGUGAAUGUUUACGUGAAUUGGAAAUUGCUUUUCCUUGUUUGUUAUCUGAAAUUGGAUCACAUUUAUGGAGUUUAUGUCAAAAUGAACGUACACAUGCUGGUCAAAGUUAUGCAUUAUUGUUAUUAACUGUUGUUUAUAAUAUUGCUAGGUUUAAACCUGUUGUUUCGUUUAGUAAUUUUUCGACGUUGGUUCCGUUUAGUGUACCUAGGUUUUUGGUUGAUGAGAAUGGUAAAGAUGGGAGCUUUUUAGGUGCGGAGUUAUCGGAUUUGAGUAAUAAGGAGUUAAGGAGAGUUGUCGCGUUUUUGCUUGAAUGUCAACAGAAUUUGACACCUUGGGGGUUGUUGGAGUUUAUGGAUAAGGCGUUGCCGGUUGCUAAAAUUUUGGAUUUACAGCCGUCUUUGUUGAAAGUUCAGUUUUCGGGGUUGCUUUAUACGUAUGAUCCUUUGUUAUGGCAUGCUUAUUUAGUUAUGUAUUUAAGUUAUAUGGAUUCUUUCGAAGGGCAAGAGAUGAAAAUUGUGAGUCGGCUGUUGUUGUUAUCGAAAGAAUCUCAGCAUCAUUUGUUUUUCCGGUUGUUGGUGUUGCAUUGGUUAAUUGGGUUCAUGGGGUUGGUAUUGAAGAGGGAUUUUGAGAAAAGGAAGAAUGUUGUUGAUAUGAGGUUGAGCUUUUAUCCAUCGGUGUUUGAUCCGCUUGCUUUGAAAUCGUUGAAGCUUGACUUGCUUGCCUAUUGUUCUGGUUUGAUUGAUAAUAACGUCAAUGGAGUAAAAGGCAGUAAGAGUUUGACUAGGGAGAAGUUAUUUGAAGAUGGCCUUGUUUGUGUAUCAGCUUUUAAAUGGUUGCCUCCUUGGAGUAUGGAAACUUCUGUGGCAUUCCGUGCUAUCCAUAAGUUUUUGAUCGGUCAGACAUCUCACUCAGAAAAUGAUUCUAUCUCCAAUAAAGUCCUUUUGGAACCAGCACUCUACCACACUGUGCAGCUUGACUUUUUGCAGAGAACACUUAUAGACUCUCUGUCUGAAUAUAGAGGAUUGGUUCCUGUCAUUGUCGGCUUCACUGACCGCUUGUUGACAUGUCACAAGCAUCGGUUUUUGGGGGAACGUUUACUUAAGACAUUUGAUGAUAACUUACUUCCAAAGCUCAAGAUAGACUACAAAUUGGUAUCGUACUUCUCUAUAUUGGAAAGGAUUGCUGAGAGUGACAAAGUUUCACCUAGUGGGUUAAUAGAGCUCCUUACCAGGUUCAUGGUAUUUCUUGUUAAAAAACAUGGUCCAGAUACAGGAUUAAGGUCUUGGAGUCACGGGAGUAGAGUUCUUGGAAUGUGUCGAACUAUGAUUAUGCAUCACCAGAGUUCCAAAUUCUUUGUUGGGCUGUCUCGUCUUUUAUCAUUCACUUGUCUUUAUUUCCCAGAUCUGGAGGUUCGUGACAAUGCCAGAAUUUACCUGCGGAUGCUGAUUUGUGUUCCUGGGAAAAAGCUAAGAGACAUUCUAAACAGUGGGGACCAGCUUUCUGGAAUUUCUCCAUCUACUCAUUCCAGCUCUUUUUUUAGCGUUCCGUCUCCUAGAAUUUCUCAUGACCCUAAGAAAUCGAGGAGUAUUUCAUCCUGCAUGCAUCUUGAGCGCAUGGUGCCAUUGUUGGUUAAACAAUCUUGGUCUUUGUCCCUGUCAACUCUGGGACUUAAUGUCAAGAAACCUAGUUAUAUAGAACCCAUCAAGGACAAUGCUUCCUCAAGUGAGCAAAGUGAGUUUGACAAAAUUACUGAUGUUACAGUGAUCUCUGAAUCCAAUAGGCUCAAUCAGCCUCCGGAGCCAUUACGUGUGAUGGAUUCAAAGAUUUCGCAGAUUGUUGAAAUCUUAAGGAAGCAUUUUUCAUUUAUUCCUGACUCCAGACACAUGCCGGGUCUCAAGAUUAAAAUACCCUGUGCUUUAAGGUUUGAGUCGGAGUCCUUCAGUCGAAUUUGGGGAAUCAAUAUGCCAGCUAAUGGAGUUGAUACCCUGCCUGCCUUAUAUGCAACUGUGCUCAAGUUCUCUUCUUCUGCGCCAUAUGGCUCCAUUCCAUCAUGCCACAUUCCUUUUCUACUAGGUCAACCCCCUAAAAGUUUCUACUCUUUUAGCCAGACGAAUUCUCUUGAUAUUAUCCCUGUGGACGAUCUUUCUGAAACUCCUGGAGAUGACAAAAGCUUCAAAGCUCCUGUUCUGAUUGAAUUGGAACCACAGGAUCCAAUACCUGGUCUUGUUGAUGUUUCCAUUGAAACGAAUACGGACAAUGGUCAGAUCAUUAUAGGACAGCUGCAUAACAUUACAGUAGGAAUUGAAGAUAUGUUUCUCAAAGCUAUUGUUCCACAAGACAUCCCGGAAGAUGCAGUCCAUGUUUACUACGUGGAGCUGUUCAAUGCUUUGUGGGAAGCAUGUGGUGCAUCAACCAGUACUGGACGGGAGACCUUUGUACUCAAAGGAGGCAAAGGGGUUGCAGCAAUUAGUGGUACUCGCUCCGUGAAGUUACUGGAGGUUCCUAUGGCAUCUUUGAUUCAAGCUGUAGAGCGAUCCUUGGCACCUUUUGUUGUACGUAUAACUGGUGAUCUUCUAACCAACCUCACGAAGGAGGGAGGAGUUAUAAGGGAUAUUGCAUGGGAUGAGGUGAACUCAGGUUCCCCUUCCACUGAUGAUACCUUCGCAGAAACCAGUUUAGGUGGGGGUCCCCUUUACCUCAAGUACAAGGAUGAUGAAGAUGAUGGAAGGGGUAUUGUCCAAAUUAGUAAGAAAAACCUAGGCACCAUUCAGAUUUUGAUAUUCCUUCCACCAAGAUUUCAUCUCCUUUUUCAGAUGGAAGUUUCUGAUAAUUCUACACUUGUUCGAAUUCGAACAGAUCACUGGCCAUGCCUUGCUUAUGUUGAUGACUAUUUGGAAGCUUUAUUUUGCUAAAGAGAUUUGUUUUUGUCCUGUUUGAGCUUUUUUAGUCUCCUUAUUCUAUUGAAAGUCAUAUUCUUUUUUCCCAUAGUUCACUUUGUGAGCCUGUGAUAUCACUCAAUAAUUUGUCUGAUGUAAAUUGCUUUCCUUUGCAAGAAACCUCCUGGUAAGUUGUAAAGAUUGUAAGUGCCUUGUAUAAUGUUUUUGGUGAGAGCUGAAAUACUGCAA